AAGUGUCCCGGAUGUGGAAGAUUUUGUUUCUGACAACGGGUAUAGAUUGCUGUAUAGCUAAAUUUUACUUAAAGUCGAAUUGGUCAUCUUUUGCUUUUUAAAUUGCGUUAUUUUGGUCAUGGCGGUUGUGCCUCCCAACCGAUCCUCGACCGGUUGGCCUCGUGGAGUCAAUCAGUUUGGUAAUAAAUACAUCAGCGCCCCAGCCAAGCCCCUGACGCUGGAGAGGACCAUCAAUCUCUAUCCGCUAACAAACUAUACGUUUGGCACCAAAGAACCGCUAUAUGAGAAAGACAGCUCUGUUGCUGCCCGGUUCCAACGGAUGCGUGAGGAGUUCGAGAAGAUCGGCAUGAGGAGGACAGUGGAGGGUGUGCUCAUUGUGCAUGAACACAGACUCCCACACGUGCUGCUUCUUCAGCUUGGGACCACCUUCUUCAAGCUCCCUGGUGGUGAGUUGAACCCAGGAGAGGAUGAAGUGGAAGGACUCAAGCGAUUAAUGACAGAGAUUCUGGGACGUCAAGAUGGGGUGAAACAGGACUGGGUGAUUGAUGACUGCAUCGGAAACUGGUGGAGACCUAACUUUGAGCCUCCACAGUAUCCUUAUAUUCCCGCUCACAUUACCAAACCCAAGGAACACAAGAAGCUCUUUUUGGUUCAGCUUCAAGAGAAAGCUUUAUUUGCAGUGCCCAAAAACUAUAAGUUGGUGGCUGCCCCCCUGUUUGAAUUGUAUGAUAAUGCCCCUGGUUAUGGACCAAUCAUAUCCAGCCUCCCACAGCUCCUGAGCAGAUUCAACUUUAUUUACAACUGAGGCAAGAGGCCUUGGGGCCGGCAUUCAGUGGUCUGCAUGGCAUCACAGCAGGGCAGCAGAUCGUCAUGGGUCACUUCAAUGAGCACAGACACGCAUCUCAGUCUAAGAAAAUCCUUUAGAUACGACUUUUAAAAUUAUACAGAUGUGGUUGUUUGUUUUUCUGUGAUUCUUACAUGCACAGGUUUUCCAAGUCACUGAGGAACCAGUUUUUGAGUUUCACCAGUAACAUAGGUUUUUUUAAAACCUGUGGUUUAUUAUUAUUAUUUUUUUUUUACAAUAAAUUGAAGGCAAAACUA